AUGGACAUGCCGGAGGAUGACUCGCUGUUGAAGAACCGGACGGAACACGGGCCGGAGCCGAGCCAGGGGGCAGCGCGUCCUGCAUGGGCAGUCACGGCGCUGGCCAGCGUACUGAUCUUCACUACUGUGGUGGAUGUCCUAGGAAACCUGCUGGUCAUCGUGUCCGUGCUCAGGAAUCGUAAACUACGAAAUGCGGGAAAUGUUUUUGUGGUGAGCCUGGCCUUUGCUGACUUGGUGGUUGCAUUCUACCCAUACCCUCUGGUGUUGUAUGCCAUCUUCCAUGAUGGUUGGUCACUAGGUGAGACACAGUGCAAGGUGAGUGGCUUCUUGAUGGGCUUGAGUGUCAUUGGCUCCAUCUUCAACAUAACAGGCAUUGCCAUCAACCGUUACUGUUAUAUCUGCCACAGCUUCAGCUAUGACAAGCUGUACAGCUAUCGCAACACUCUGCUGCUGGUGGCACUUAUCUGGCUGCUCACCGUAGUAGCCAUCGUACCCAACCUCUUUGUUGGCUCACUGCAGUACGACCCACGCAUCUACUCAUGCACAUUUGCACAGACAGUCAGCACGUCCUACACCAUCACAGUGGUGGUCAUCCAUUUUUUCGUGCCCAUUGCUGUGGUCACCUUCUGCUACCUGCGUAUCUGGAUCCUGGUCAUCCAAGUGAGACGGAAGGUGAAGUCAGAGGUCCGCCCUCGCAUUAAGCCCAGUGACCUGAGAAACUUUAUCACCAUGUUUGUGGUGUUCGUUCUAUUUGCAAUUUGUUGGGCACCUCUUAACUUCAUUGGGCUCGCUGUUGCUGUCAACCCUGAAGCAGUGGUGCCUCGCAUCCCAGAGUGGCUCUUUGUGGUCAGCUACUUCAUGGCUUACUUCAACAGUUGCCUUAAUGCCAUCAUCUAUGGCCUGCUGAACCAGAACUUCCGCAGGGAGUAUAAGCGGAUCAUCAUGUCAGUGUGGAUGCCACACCUGUUCUUCCAAGAGACGUCGAGGGGGGGAACAGAGGGCAUGAAGAGUAAACCCUCACCAGGACUCAAUAACAACGAGCAAGUGAAAGGAGAAACUCUGUGA